AUGGCUUCAGGAAACAACUCCAAGAAGGCGACAAAGGGCCGACAAAAGAUCGAAAUCAAGAAGAGGGAGAACGUCGAUGACCGCCGCGUCACCUUCACCAAACGCCGCACUGGCCUGUUCGAAAAGGGUGCCGAGCUCUGCAUACUGUGCGGGGUGGAAGUGGUCAUAAUAACGUUCUCGGAGGGCAAGAAGGCCUUUUGCUUCGGGCAUCCGGAAGCCGACAGGAUCCUCCAAGGCUACCUUGAUGGAGCCACCGGCAUAAAUCCUACGGGCAGCGGCGACAAUGCCGCCUACUUGCAAACCACGCGUGAGUCGAAGCAGCGUUAUUUCGAAGCAGUGGAGCAGUUAGAGAAAGAGAAGGCGGAUCUAAAGCUGAUGCGAGAAACGGGAAGAGCUGAGAGUGGAGGGUUUUGGUGGGAGCAGCCAAUUGAACAUUUGGGGUUAGAAGAGCUCGAGUAUUUCCACCAGUCCUUGGAGAAGCUUGCCGGGAGCGUAUUGAUGAAGCUUGACCCAGGACGACGCCAAGACUCAGAACUUGAUCCGGGAGGAAGCCAAGACUCUGCACUCGCGUUGCAACAUGAUGUGGCAACUGGCGACGGAUGGUUUGCGCAAGAUCCAUCUAGUUCUUGGCCCUUGCCCUUAGGGAAAAAUUCCAGGGGACAAUUCUAA